AUGAAGGCUCUGCAAAAAGUCAUGGUUCUUUCAUCUGAGAAUGGCCUAGCUACUUCAAACAACUCUGAUACACGCAUGGCAGGCUGCCUCCUCACUGGUAUUCCUGGGCUGGAGCACCUGCACAUCUGGCUCUCCAUCCCUUUCUGCGCCAUGUACAUAGCUGCCCUCGCAGGCAAUGGUGUUCUAAUUUGUGUCAUCCUCUCCCAGCCAAACCUGCACGGACCCAUGUACAUAUUCCUAUCCAUGCUGGCAAGCACUGAUGUCCUUCUCUCCACCUCCACCAUGCCCAAGGCUCUGGCCAGCUUCUGGCUCGGUUCUGGCUACAUUUCCUUUGAUGGCUGCCUGACUCAGAUGUUCUUCAUCCACUUCCUUUUUGUAGCAGACUCUGCUGUCCUGCUGGCCAUGGCCCUUGACCGCUAUGUAGCCAUCUGCUCUCCUCUUCAAUAUGCUGCAAUCCUCACAAGCACAGUCAUUGGGAAGAUUGUUGCUGCCACCCUGACCCGCAGCUUCAUCAUCAUGUUUCCAUCCAUCUUUCUCCUCAAGCGCCUACACUAUUGCCGAAUCAAUAUCAUUGCACAUACUUUUUGUGAGCACAUGGGCAUUGCCCGUCUGUCUUGUUCUGAUAUCUCCAUCAAUGUCUGGUAUGGAUUGGCAGCAGCUCUUCUCUCCAUAGGACUGGACAUCAUCCUUAUCUCCAUUUCUUAUGUCCACAUCCUCCGAGCUGUCUUCCGCCUCCCUUCUCGAGAUGCCCGGUCCAAGGCCCUGAGCACCUGUGGUUCCCACGUCUGUGUCAUACUACUCUUCUACAUCCCUGCCCUCUUUUCUGCCUUUGCCUACAGGUUUGGUGGGAGAUAUAUCCCACGCUAUGUUCAUAUUCUCCUGGCUAACCUCUACGUCGUCAUCCCGCCCAUGCUCAAUCCCAUUAUUUAUGGAGUGAGGACAAAACAGAUUUUGGAAGGGGUUAAACAGAUGUUCUCAGAUUUUGCCAAACAAGCUAGAUAA